UGGCCCCCAGGCCACAGGGAGGCCCCACCCACUGAGUGGGUGCAGAUGGAGACCCUCUUGUCUGCUGUGCCUCAGGCUGCAGAGCCACAGAGGGGUCUUCCCAAGUCCCACACCUGGAGGGCAGGGAGGCCAGGGGCUUGUGGCCCUAACCCAACUCCUGACACACAAGGACCAGCCGGCCCGGGGCCACCUCUGCAGGCAGGAGAAGGCCUCAUUGUUCCCCUCUCCUGGCAGAAUGAGGACUGGGUGUGCCCAGGGCUGGAAAUAAAUGCUCAGUAAAUCCCUCUCUUGGGAGCCCUGAUCCCAAGGGACAAAGGGCCUGUGUUGAGUCUCCCUGUACGCGGGCUCAGGGCCAGCACUUGGGCCAGGGCAGAUGGAGGGUGGGAGAGGGGUGCCUCCCACCAGGUGGGCUUCUUCCCCAGGUCAGGCAUGCAGGUGAAGAGGGGUGUCGUGUGUGCAUGCCCCCCGCGUGCAGGAGAGUCUGGGCAGUGUGUGUCUGGCUGCAUGUGUAUGCAUGCAUCUUCAAGUGCACGUGUGUGAAUGAGCAUGUGUGAUCCCCAUGUUCGUACCAUCUUAACCUCCCCUCCAGUGUAUACUGUCUCUGCCUCCUAGUGCCCCCAACCCCAGCUGGUGCUUCUGGAGUCCUGGCCCAGAUGACUCUCCUUCUGGGCACCAAACCCUGUCAGCCUGGAGUUAGAAAGAAGGCCUCUGAACUGCCAGCAAAACAUGGAAAGGCGCCCUCAGGCUGGGCUGGGGCAAGAACACAGCCCCUUUGUGCCACCUCUGAGCUCCUGCCUCCAAGAGCUGUGCUGGCCAAGGGCUUGGCCUCUUCCACCUCCACCUCCCUGAAGGAGGUUCCUCCUGAGAGGGGCUCCUCUUACCCUCCCCCAGCCUGGGGUCUGCUUCCCUCGAAAUCAGAGGAGCGCUUGAGGGGGUGCAGAGAGGUGCAACUGGGGCCUCACCUUGAAACACUAGUCAGUAGGAACCCAGCCCUGAUCAGCCUCUCCAGGGAGAUGGUACAGGCGCCAGAACAAGGGCCAGGUGCCAAGGCUAAUGUGCUGCUCUGCUCCUGCCCCGUCAGGGCUGGGGGGUCACGGGGAGCCCCCUUCCUGACUGUGCCAUCCAGCACCAGGUACAGGGCUAUGGUGGUUCUUUGGGAAUAGGUAUUGACCAGGAGUGGGUGGACAUUUUGUGUGAAGGGCCAGAUAGUAGAAUUUUAGGUUCAGGGGCUGCAGGUCUCUGUCACAGCCAUGUGAGCUUCUGUGCAAGCAUGAAGGCAGCCACAGGCCACAUGCCAAUGAGCGCACGGCGGCUGUGGGCCAAUGAUGCUUGACUUAUGAACUGGGGCAUGGGAAUUUCAAAUAAUUUUCAUGGACCACAAGACAUCGUUCUUUAGAAUGUUUCCUAAGAAUGUUAACAUGAAGGAGACAUUCUUUGCUCAUGGGCUGGGCAGAGGUGCCCAGGUGGUGGUUGGCUGGGCCGUAUAUCCCCACCCCUGGCGCAGGCCCUGGUUCAAGUCAUUAAAGUCCUGCGCCUCUCGCAGCCCCUGCCCACCCUCAUCCUGUUGAGACCAGCGUCCCCGUUCCUGGCGAGCCAGCACUUCCAGAGUCAUUCUGUGCAUGCGCAAAGCCCUUCUCCACACCCCUCUGCCUGGGAAGCAUGUGGGGUCCAGACACAUUGGUCUUCCACCCUGUUUCCCUGGGGGAUGGGUGUGCAGUGGGAGCGUCCCCCACUGUCUCCACCCAAGUUUUCCAAAGCCAGGGAUCCACCACCGGGGCUCUCGGCAUCUCCAGGUGGACGCGUCUAUGAUUUGUCAGCUUUUGCUCUUUCCAAAAAUUAACGUGGUACAGUCUCCCCCAAGGCAUAAAGUCUAAGGGUCAGGGAAACUGGCCCCGGGGGCAGGAUCUCAGCUCCUCACAGCACCGUCAAGGGGAGGUUCUACUGUUAUCCACACAGAACAGAGGCCCAGAGAGGUGAAGCAAGUGCCUGCAGAUCCCAGCCCAGCUACAUAAGGAAGCCAGGAUGGACCCGCCUCUGGCUCCAGGGUCCUGUGUUGGUGAUCACGGCUCUGUGGCUGUUCCGAGUGGUCACGGGCCCUGCAGAGCUUCAGUCCCUGGAACACACACGAAAGGUGUCCUGAGGACACGCAUGGAACUGCGUUUGAGCUGCAAUCUGUCCCCUGAUUGCAGGGCAUCUGACAGCCUUUAUCUCUUCUCCCCUGAUCCUUAUCCGACACCCCACCUCUUCUGCAGACUCCAGCUCACUCCCAAUGCCCUGGGUCCUUCAGGGUCCUUGGGAUGAGACAUCUCCAAACACCAGCCUGGGGGGUCGCCUUCCCCAGGCCCUCUGCCUCCCAUCGUGGCAAGGACUGCACCUUUGGUGUCCUUCCCUCCUAUGAUCUCUGAGCCCCUGAACACUGGCUCAUACCCGCUCUACCCAGAUGCAGCACAGAGGAGAAACCCAGGCAGCCUCCAAGGGCAGUGCCUUGAGGGCCAGUGCCUGGGGCACCUGUUGCACAGGGCACAGGACACAAAGGGCUGGGUGGUCCAUUCAAGCUCUCUUGGGGCCCGCAUCGAGCUCAGCCUGGGUCCUAGGAAGCCUGCCAGGCACCAGGUGCUGCUUGAGUCUGAAGGAGGCCCUGACUCCAGGUCGCCCACGGUGGCAGUGGGCCCCACGGAGCUUUUGUGGACCCUUGACCUGUUACCCUCGGGUGGAAGCCAAUAAGCCAGCCUCUCCCCAACUCUGCCAUCCAGGUCGGCACCAGUGUUGACUGAGAGAGCCCAGAGGUGAUCGUAAAGUGCCUGUCACUGUCCCCAGCUCUGUUUAUGUAGGCUGCAGAGCCAAGACAGCAAAUGCCACACGUCCGGGAGCCUCCCCAAGGCCGGCCCUGGGCCUUCCCCCAGGAAGAGCCCCACGGCCAGCUCCUUCCUGUCCCCCUGGUGGCCCCUUGCUCCUUCCUUCUGGAUAGGGGCCCAGAGGGCCCAGGAGAGUAUAAAGGCGAUGUGAAGGGUGCCCAACACAAUCAGACACCCAGUCACAGGCGAGAGCCCUGGGAUGCGCCGGCCAGAGGCCAUGCUGCUGCUGCUCACGCUUGCCCUCCUGGGGGGCCCCACCUGGGCAGGGAAGAUGUACGGCCCUGGAGGAGGCAAGUAUUUCACCACCACUGAAGAUUACGACCAUGAAAUUACAGGGCUGCGGGUGUCUGUGGGUCUUCUCCUGGUGAAAAGUGUCCAGGUGAAACUUGGAGACACCUGGGACGUGAAACAGGGCGCCUCAGGUGGGAAUACCCAGGAAGUCACCCUGCAGCCAGGCGAAUACAUCACAAAAGUCUUUGUCGCCUUCCAAACUUUCCUCCGGGGUAUGGUCCUGUACACCAGCAAGGACCGCACUUUCUAUUUUGGGAAGCUCGAUGGCCAGAUCUUCUCUGCCUACCCCAGCCAAGAGGGGCAGGUGCUGGUGGGCAUCUAUGGCCAAUAUGGACUCCUCGGCAUCAAGAGCAUUGGCUUUGAAUGGAAUUACCCACUAGAGGAGCCGACCACUGAACCGCCAGUUACUGUAACAUGACCAUCAAAGGCACCCUCGGGUCUCUAGGGUGGGGUACGGGGCCAUCUGAGCUGAGGCCAUCUGGGUGGUGGUGGCUGAUGGUACUGGAGUAACUGAGUCGUGACGCUGAACCUGAAUCCACCAAUAAAUAAAGCUUCUGCAAAAUCAGUG